AAUACAUUCAACAGCCAAGUACUUCGUAAGCUAGGUUACUGGGUAGGUAUUUAUCCGUUCCAAAUUUGGUGAAACCGAAGUUUAACGGCCGUUGCUAAAAUAAGUCGAUGGAUUACUCUCGCGGCUAAAUGCACUCUAGAUCAUAUCGCAUCAGGGGUCCUAUUUAACCCUCAACGCCGAGCCGGGGUAUUGGAACCCUAGAUCUACAUCACCUACUUUGUUCAAUCAUGGCCAUGUUCUGAUAUAUAAUAAUUCAUGGGAUAUUGUCAGGGGUACCCCACAAUACGUCUAAAAGUCGGCCUUGAGGCGAAUUGUCACAUUCUAACCUGAUGAUAUGGGCGUGAUCCGGAAAAUCUCGUCGUAUUCGUCUAGGAGACAAGAAAUAAAUAUGAACAUACUGUCUCGUAGAAAUUCCGAGUUGUGACUGGAAUUUCCUUGCCCCUUUCUUUUGAGGAGUCUGACCAUUUGCCAAGAUGUUGUUCGAGUCUGUAAUCACUGCCUUCACAUUUGCGCUCUGCGCUUCGGCGAGGGCUGUUCCCAAUCCUGUCGAGAUUUUCAAGAGGGCACACACCGCCGGUACCGUUAUAAACAAGUGCUCCAAGCCUGGUGUCCUUGCACUGGCCUAUGAUGAUGGCCCAUAUCAAUACACCUCGUCACUUGUAGACACAUUAGACAAGGCAGGAGUAAAGGGCACAUUCUUCCUCACUGGAACUCUAUAUGGAUGUAUCUAUAAUCAACAGGCCGCAGUCAAAAAGGCAUAUGAGUCUGGUCAUCAAGUUGCCUCUCACACCUGGACACAUCCCCAUAUGGGAAGCAUGGGUGCCGCUCAGAUUCAGAGUGAGAUGGAGAAAGUCGAGCAGGCCUUCGUCAACAUCUUCGGCAAGAAGCCACAAUACGUGCGACCGCCGUAUCUCGAGACUGGCGGUCAGUUCUUGACCGUCAUGAAGCAAAUGAACUACACUGUCAUCACCGACGACGUAGACGCCGGCGACUGGAACAAUCAAUCUCCGCAGCAGAGCCAACAGAAGUUCCAGCAAGCCGGUGCGAGCGGUAACGGACAUAUCCCGCUGAUGCACGAGACAUACCAAGGCACAGUCACGACUCUUACGAAUUGGCUCAUUAACUGGGCGCAGACCAAUAACUUGAAGAUUGUCACAGUCGCUGAGUGUCUUGAUGAUGCAAAUGGCGCUUAUAAGGAUGGGACAUUCGAGGGUGAUGGGAAGACGACCUGCUAAGGAAUUUUAAUUUUAGGCAUUCCGUUGAAGGUCAUGUCGAUACUAGGUACCAUCUAUGAUCGCUUGUAUAUAGCAAAAUCCAAAAUGGCCUCAAAAAGCGCUACGAUUCAGCCCCAUCCCCACUAGCAGCGAAGAUGUUAAGCCGGUC